AUGUUAUCGCGCUUUCUAAUUAAGUGCGAGCCAAUAGUCGGCCGUUCGUUCGAUUCAACGAUUUUUAGAAGAUAUGCAACAGCUGUGCAGCAAAAGCAGGAAAACCAAGGAACUUCUACUUCGACUAAUUGGGAAAAUGUGCGUCCAUAUUCAGAGUUACCAGGGCCAAGCAAAUAUGAAAUUUUUCGUGGACUUUUACCRGGAGGUGUGUACCAUAAGAAAACAUUUAUUGAAGUACUUACAAUCAUGAAACACAUAUAUGGUGAUAUCUAUCGAUUUCCUUCCGUGUUCGGUAGACCCGAAGCGAUAAUGAAUUUUAAUCCAAAUGAUUAUCCCAUAAUAUUUCGCAACGAGGGUAUUUGGCCAGAACGACGGACUUUUGGGACCUUAUAUUAUCAUCGUAAGGUGCAUAGAAAGGAUUUUUUUCAAGGCGUAGAGGGACUAUUGACCACAAGUGGCGAAGAAUGGGGCAAAAUACGUACCGCCGUUAAUCCGGUGCUAAUGCAACCCAAAAAUGCCAAACUCUACUUAAACACGUUAUUGGAAGUCAACGAUGAAUUUUUGGACAGAAUACGUCACAUACGUGAUCCUUCGACACUCGAAGUGCCAGAGGACUUUCUUGAUGAUAUUAAUCGUCUCACCUUAGAGGGUGUUGUGAGCAUUGCCCUCAAUACCCGUUUAGGAAUGAUACAUAAAAAUCGUGAUAGUCCGGAAACUAAAACACUUUUGAAGGAAAUACGCAAUUUUUUCGCUCUUUCGGAAGAGAUAGAACUCAAGAUAUCUAUUUGGAAGAUAGUCAAAACACCGACRUUCCAUAAAUUGAUGAAAACAUUGGAUACGCUYAUAGUAUUGUGCAACAAAUAUAUCGAUGAGGCACUAAAACGAAUUGAUUCGGAUAGCGAGGGUAAAUUCACCUCAGAGGUGGGCAAGGAGAAGAGCGUUUUAGAGAAACUAUUGAAAAUUGAUCGCAAAAUCGCUGUUGUUAUGGCAAUGGAUAUGAUGAUGGCUGGCGUCGACACAACAAGUUCCACCUUAACGGGCAUAUUAUUUUGYAUCGCCAAAAAUCCAGACAAACAACAGAAACUAUUCGAGGAACUCAAAAGUAUUUUACCAAACAAGGACUCUCGCUUAACUAUCGAGAAUAUGMAMAAUCUUCCUUAUCUGCGCGCUUGUAUUAAGGAAGGCAUGCGCUAUCAUCCCAUUAUUGUUGGCACAAAUCGUCGACUAUUAAACGAUGUUGUGCUGAGCGGAUAUCGGAUACCGGCCGGUAUUGAUAUUUCGGUUGCUUCCAAUUUGUUGUUGCGAAAUGAGAAGUUUGUGGAAGAGCCAAAUAAAUAUAUACCAGAGCGUUGGCUGCGUAAUGACACAGAGGGUAAAAAACAUCAACUCAAUAACCCUUUUAUAUUUCUUCCCUUCGGCUUUGGUCCACGCAGUUGUGURGGCAAGCGAAUUGUGGAUCUUGAAUUAGAGGUCACGUUGGCGCGCUUGGUGCGCAAUUUCACGAUUGAAUUUAAUUAUUCMACUGAAAAUGCUUUUACCCAGAAGUUAAUUUUCCUACCAGCUAUACCAUUGAAAUUCAGAUUCGCUGAAAGAAAAGAGUGAAAAUGCGAUGAUUGAUGGAAGCGCAUAAGUAAAAAAAAGUAACAUUUAUGAAACGUUUCACUUAUAAGUUUCUAUAAAUGGAAUAUUUUUAUAUUAGCAAAGAGUAUUAGGGCUCAAUAUGUAAUAAAAAUGCGAAUAAAAUAUA